AUGGCGGAAUCAAUCCAACGCAGGAAACGACCAGUGCCGCCCAGCACCCAGGCGAUGUCCUAUCCCAGGAAACGAGCAGUGACGGCCUGCCAACUCUGCCGACGGCGAAAAACCAAAUGUGACAAUGUCCGUCCUUCGUGCGGCUUCUGCGCGAACCUUGAUGUGUCUUGCAUCUAUCAAGCCCCGGAAACGGAUUAUUCCUCAUUCGACCCCGCCGCAUUGGUCUUGCUCGAGAAGAUGGACUACAUGAUCUCGCUGGUUGAGAAGAAUAAUCCGGAUCCGUUAGGAGAUUCUGGCCUGCCGCCCACAAGUGACCGCAGUCAGAGUAGGAGUAGUGUCGUCGGGGCAUGGGCGGCCAACGAAGAGUCGCGAGAAAUCCCCUCGCGGUGUAAUAUUUCGUGUCGAAUCUUGGAAUGGCCCAUUUUCGAUGAUGUCCAGUUUGACCGAGCACCUGACACCUUAUUUACCGGACAUGCAAAAGCCUCGCAACAACAGGGUAAUCCGAGAUCGCAAGGGAUUAUCGAAGAUCAUAUUCCUUCCUAUGUGGACCGAUUUCUAACCAAUGUGCACACCAAAAACCCAGUCGUAGACCACACCCUGCUGAGCAAGCAUGUCCGCGAUAUCGCCGAAGAUGGCCUGGGCUGGGAUGGGCUUACCAGCAUUACCUUAAUGGCAUGUGCAUUGGGCAUUAUAUCUCAACCGUUCCAGCGGAUCCCGGUGACACAAUUGGACAGUGUCAAAACCGAUCUUCCCUUGGCAAACGUGUAUUAUACUGCCGCCCGAAAGCGCAUCGGCCUACUGGACACGACCUCAUUACUCUAUAUUCAGACCACCUUCCUGUCAGGAGUAUAUGAAAUGUAUACACUUCGUCCGUUGGCAGCCUGGCACUCUUUUCAUACCGCCUGUAGCAGCAUGCAAUUGUACUUUAAAACAAGGGACCCAUUGGAAAGCAGUGUAACGCAAGGCCUGGAGCAGCGGUUGCAGUGGUCAUGUUUUAAAUCUGAACGGGAAAUUCGCACGGAGAUCAAUUUGAUCUCCCUAAAAGCAUCCAACUGGGACUUGACCGAAGAAUUUCCAAUGCCACCGCACGAAGACGGAGAGCCUCCUACAGUAUUCCCGCUGGAAGAAAGCUGGUACUACUAUCUGACAGAUAUCUCGCAAAGACGGAUUCUGGAUCGGAUACUCAAUUCGUUCUACGCACACGAGUCUGACCGCCAAUGGCUUCAGGCAUCUUCUGAUGAAAUGACUCGCAUUGCAUUGGAACUAGACCGGCAAGUGGCCAUGGCAGAAGCCAAUCUGCCUCCUUGGCUACAAUUUUCACAGGAGCUGGGAGAUCGCGAGCUGCCCUAUUUCAUCCAUCGGCGAUUACUUCACAUGCAGGAUUGUCUCUACAAACCAUUCUUAUUUCGGGUAGUACAUUCCCACCAGGCCCAACCCCAAGUCGUCGUUGAUCUAGCACAACGCUGCGUGGAAACUUGUCGAAAGAACAUCCUUGAAUCCGCCAUCCAGCAUCGACACCAUGGAAGCUGGUUCGUGGCCCGAGGGGCCUUUCGGUGUGCGAUGGCAAUGGUUGCUGCUGCGAAAAGCGGCAAAUUGGCUAUGCCAAAUGGCUGGUUCGCAUGUGUGGACACUGCGUUGACGGUUAUUGACUUUUGGGGGCAAGAGGCGGCCGAUCUUCGGCCCCUGGGCCACAUUCUCCGCGCCGUAUACAGCUGCACAAGGUCCCAAAUGGAGAAAGAAGAGACGCGCCACUUAUGA